AUGGACAGGGAAUUGAUCUGCGGAGACUGUAACAUGGUGUUUUGCUCCACUGGGCUGUUUGAGAAACACAAAGCACUGUUCUGCAUUGGGAGCGAGGUAGGACACCUUCAGGUGCAGAAACACAGAUGUGGACUCCUCACGAGAGACAAACCUGGAUUUGUAAACCCGAAACAGACAAAGACUCCUGAUCUUGUGCAGCUGAGAGGUCAACAAUCGAACACAACCAGGUGGAGGAGUGUUGAUGCCAAACCUAAACCAGCGAGAGCGGAGGAGAAACCAGCAACCAGUCAGACAGAGAGGGCCGCUCUGCAAGACCUCACACAUGAGUUUCAAAAGUUGAGGAGGUCCUUUGAAGAAAAUCUGCCAAAGUGGACAAAAAGGAGCACAGACACCACUGAGGCAAGUGGGCGUCAGCUGGGUCACAGUGAGAGACUGGAGGAGAUGAGGGAAAUGGCGACGCUUCAUGAGCGCCAGCUGGCCCUGAUACGUGCUCACAACCAGCAGCUGGAGCAGCAGAGAGACGAGCUGUCCCAUCAGGUGAGUGUCCUGUCUGAGCAGAGCAACGUAACUCACCUGGAGAGUCUGCUGUUGGAGCUCAGAGAGCAGGAGGAGAGGAACGAGGAGACGCUGCAACAACUUGCUGAACAUCUCCGUGCAUUACAUGUACAAGAGGUCCCUGUACCUGCUGAUGAGCCCGAUCCACGGAAAAAUAAAAAGAUGUAUCAUGACAAUUAUGAGCUUAUUUCUUCUGCAGACGGCCCUCUCUCUACCCAGAUAAAAGCCCUGUGGCAGGCGUACGUGCAGUCAGGCGGGUCAGAUCCAGCCAUCGUGGCACAAAUGAUGGACCUGCAGGCAGAAGCCCAAAGUCUGGAGAAGAAGCAACCAGCGACAGCCGGCAAGGCCAAAAAGAAGAAAGUGAAGCCUCCUCCGCGGGUUCCGAGCUGGGAGCUGCUGGCUGUGGAGCAGGAGAACCAGAGACUGGAGGAGGAGAUCCUCAGGAUCCAGCUGGCCAGGGAGCCAUACCAUAACUAUGACGCAGCAGUGAGGACUGAGCUUGAGCUGAUUCAGAGGGAGAACCUCCUGCAGAUCGCCAGUUUACAGGCAGAGAUGGAGAGAAGCAAAGAAGCUCCGGGGCCCAGGAGACAGCCUCCUCCGCCUCCCCCACUCCCACUCCCACUCCAGCCCAAUGCACCUCUUUCACUGCUCCAGGCCAGAUCCUUCUCCUCUCCAAUGGGAGGACGCAUGUUGGACUCUCUUGAUUCUCUGGGUCCGGCCCCCUACAACCCUGCAGCUGGUUUCAUGGUCUUCUACGACCUGAUGCUGGGAGUUGAUGUCUCUCAGAGGGCGCUGCGCCUGGUGACGGCUCUCUUCGCAGAUGGUCAGGAGGUGGGACCGCCAACUCCGCUGCCCCCAGUUCAGCACCUGCCGGGACUCUCCCCGCCUUACAGCCUUACUCCUAGGAACUAUGUCCUCCUGUCGUUCAAACAGCCUGUACCCAGGAUCCAGCCGUCGCCCUCCCUCUCUCUGGUGGUGGAGGUGCAGGCUGCCAGAGAUCAGGAUGUUCACGGCCAGGAGGUUUUGAAACCGGCUUCCUGCGGCUGGACACAAAUGGAACUCUUUGACCAAUACAACCAGCUCCACAGUGGCCACUGGAGGGUGCCAGUGCGCAGUCUGCCCAUUAGACCCUCCUUAAGCUUUGCCCAGCUCAACUCUGUACCCCAGGUGGGCGACAUGGAGCUGUGUGUACGUUUGGUCAAUGGACGAGAUGGAGAUGUUCAGACUCAGGCAAAGCUCAAUCCAACCAGCACCAGCCACUAUAAAUAUCCCACUGUGGCGUCCACACAUCCUGCAGCCGUCCACAGAAAUACAGCUCUGCCAGUUUCAGCUCCACAGCCCACUGGAGUGGAUGAACUCUCCUCACUUUUGUCUUUCCCUGAUCACCAGGACCCUCCACCCACAGAGACCAAGCAGAGUUUAAAAGGACAGAAAAAGCAGUGCAGAAAACAUCUUGCGAAUCAGAAAGACAUGAACUGUUGUGGAAGUUUAAGUGAGGGUUCCUCGCUCCCCUCAUCUUCUAAAGACAAUGAAUGUAUUUGA